AUGUUGGUGGGUUUGACUGGACAUCGUCCUGCUGAAACCCUCGAUGUAGAGUACAUCAUCUUAUUCGCUAAACCGUUCGGCAACGUACAGUUUGUGCAUCUUGCCACAUCAUCCAAAGACCGAAAGGAACAGAAUGCUUCAUCAAGUUCAAGUCGUAUCGUCUAUUAUCCACUCCCCAUUCUUUCCCUCUCUGCACAUGUAGUUGCUGGCUAUAUUUCCCAAAAGAAACGGCACCAGGACUUAAAUGAGAAAUCCGUUCAGUUGCGACAGCUUGACUUGAAUCAACAACCGGAACAGACGCUGAACUGGGAGGUAUUCGAAACUCAGAAGAAGCAGAUUCAAGAAGCCCUUAACGCACAGACCUAUCACCAGUUCAGUGCAUACGCUCAACAACAAUUUCCGGGACAGCCUGAACAGGUAUGGUAG